AACAGAACUAUUGUUGCAGCUUCAAGUGCAGCCAUCACUUCUGUUACAGCAGGUUUUCCGUUUGACUCUCUAAAAACAAGAAUGCAGACCCAUCACUAUAAUUCCGUCCUCUCUUGCCUUAAAAUAACCUUUGCUGAAGAAGGUGCUCGAGGAUUUUUUAGAGGCAUGAUUCCUCCAUUGGUAACUGUCAGUAUUAUUAAGUCGGUGUCAUUCUCCAUCUACGAAAAUACAAAGGCUCGGUUAAAAGAACAAGGUAUCAAAGGGGACACUCUUCAAUCUACCUUUGGACUGUCUAUGUUGAGUGGUGGAGCAAGUGGUGCGUUCAUUGCUCUGCUAAGCUGCCCGCUUGAGCUUGUCAAGAUUCAGAGACAGUUGGAAUAUGUUGCUAUGAAGGAGCAGGCAGCACUUGGAGUAGUAACAGGGGGACCAGUACGAUCAUCAAGCUUGUAUGCAGCUCAACAGAUAGUGAGUCGCAAGGGAAUCCUCGGACUUUGGACGGGUGUCCGAUUGCAUUCAGGGCGCGAUACAUUAGGGACAAGCAUUUACUUUGGCUCUUAUGAGUCAGCUAAAUUCAUAAUAUCUGGUGGAAACUCGGCAGCAUCAAAUCCACUGACGCAUUUUAUGGCAGGCGGCUGCUGUGGUGUUCUAAGUUGGCUGGUUGUAUUCCCAGUAGAUCUCGUAAAAUCGGUUAUUCAAAAAGAUGUUUUGAAAUCAAAAGUCCAAGGAUUUCGCGAAUGUGCGUCUGAUAUUGUACGCCGGGAGGGUAUCAGAGGUCUCUACAAAGGAUUAAGUAUUACCUUGAUCCGUGCAUUCCCCAUCCACUCUCUCAAUUUCUUGGUUUAUGAGCAGGUUCUCAGAAAGAUCCCUCCCCUAUAG